AUGAGAAAUAAUGAAGAAGCACAACAUGUCCUCUUCCAUUUUUCCAGGGUUUCUUCAAUCUCUUGGUACAUGUUCAAUGGAAAGACAUCUAAAAGAAGUUUCUGUGAGGAAUAUAUACAAGCUGGGUUUACUUCAUUUAUUGAUAAGGGUGUGGUAAAGGGUCAGUGUGUUUUGUGCCAGAAAGUACUUGGUAAUGAUUCCUUGAGGCCCUCAAAACUGAAAAACCAUCUUGACAAGACUCAUCAUGAACAUUCUGGUAAAGACGCGAAUUUCUUCAAACGUCAUGAAUGGAGCUUGAAACGAAUGAAACUGGACUCAAGUGGGGCAUUUCAGACGCAAAGUAGGAAAGUACUCAAGGCUUCAUAUGAGGUAUCACUUGAAAUACCUAAACAGAAAAAACCUCAUACCACUGGCGAAACUCUUAUAAAACCUUGUUCUUAA